GGCGGAGAGAUGGGGGAGGUCAUCUCUUUCCCCCAAACCGGGACGUGGGUUGACGGUGCCGAGUUGGCCAGCGAGGAGUGGCGAGAGGAGGUUAUUCGUCUAGGUGAGAGCGAGCGCCAGUGCACCACGGCCGAAGCGAAUCAGUCCCUCCCUCUCUCUCUCCCACUGCUGAAACAGGAAAGAUGCGUCCGCCACUCUCGGGUCCGUGGCGGUGGGUGGCGGACAAGAGGGAUCCGGAGAUCGCACUCCUACACGAGGCUGCCACUGUGCGCGCCCUGCAGCGCCGGCUAUGGCCGCUGCUCAGUCGCGACAACUUGGCCAGCCGCGCGGAGUACGUCGUGUUUGAGGGGUUCGAGGCGGUGUGUUGGGGCGCUACUGAGGAGCUGACGCUUGACGAGGCCUUCGGCUCUGUUGGGCGCACCUACGAGAGGCCGCUCAUCCUCUACGGAAAAGGUACGGAUGAGCGGGGGCCACCUCACACACACACACACACACACACAUUGAUCGACUCUGUUAUGUGACCGGCUUACUUACGCACAGAGCCCUCGACGUUGAUCGGGUCACCCUUGGCGACGCCAACAGCUGGCGCCACCCCACCUGAUGGUGAGCAGGCAAACUUGUGCCUUCUCGCUCACUCAACCCACUGCGAUGGUGCUGCCGCUCGUUUGUUUCUCUCUCUCUCUCUCUCUCUCUCUCUCUUUCAGCGAGGUACUGUGCGACCGACCAACGUGACGCGGUGAGAAAGCGGCAUGACGCGCAGCAUCUGAAGGUCCAGAAAGGGGAGGACACCGACACGGCAGAGGAGACAAAGAGACUCCUCUCACGCAAACACGACUAGCUGACUGAACGCUGCUGUAUCUGACGGCGGGAGGGAUAAGCUCAGUGUUCUUUCUCAAUAAGCCGAUUGUGACACUGUUGUGUGUUGAUGGAUGGGUGGGUUUGCAGUGAGUGAGUAGGUCGUACGUGAUGGACGGACGUCUUGAUAUCGCAUAUCGACGGCCUGCAUGCCAUGGCUGCUGUUGAAUAGAAUUA